GCAGCGGCGGUGGUGGCGCACACGCUGCUCCCCCUGAUGCGGGGUGGGCGAGAGUAUUGAUUGGUCGCCGUGGUCGCCGUCGUCGUAGGCGCCGUGCAAAAGGGUGGCGGAAUCGCCAGGCGCCAUUACGCGGGCCAGCCGCGACCGUGCCGUCGAGAAGGGCGUCCAGCCAGCGUCCGACCGCGGUCCCGACUCGCCGAAAAGAUGGUCAUGAUGGCUGGCAUGGACGACCAUGAGCGCAAAGUCGUCCUCGAGUUCUGCCACCUGCUCGAGAAGAGCAAGCAGCUGUUCAACGGGCUGCGCGACCUGCCGCAAUACGGGCACAAGCAGUGGCAGGGCUACUUCCACCGGACCUUCGACGUCUACACGAAGCUCUGGAAGUUCCAGCAGCAGCACAGAAUGAUACUGGACACGAAGUACGGCCUCAAGAGGUGGCAGAUCGGCGAGAUCGCCAGCAAGAUCGGCCAGCUCUACUACCACUACUAUCUACGUACCAGCGAGACGAGCUACCUGCACGAGGCCUACUCGUUCUACGCAGCGAUACGCGGUCGCGCCUAUUACAGCCGCGCUGCUAAGGAGGACAGGAGCGACCUGAUGGUGAAGAAGCUCAGGUACUACGCCCGCUUCAUUGUCGUCUGCCUCCUGCUGAACCGUAUGAAGCUCGUGCGAGAGCUCGUGCAGGAGCUCGACGACCAGAUAGCCGAUUACACCAGCACCUACGAGCCGGACGAUCAGCUCGAGUGGAACCUCGUCCUCGACGAGAUCAAGGCCUUCGUCAAGGCCGAGUCCGCGUUCGGCGUCCUGCACUCGGACUCGAACCCCAUCGUGCUGACCCACAGGCUCGGUCCGCAGACCUGCCCGCCCGUCGAACGAUCGCCACCCAUGUGCCUAUCUCUCCAAGAGAUCCUAAUAGUCGGCAAUUGUACCGAUCAGGUGAAGUUCAGUGAGUUGUCGAUGGACAUGUUCAGAAUGCUGCAGACACUCGAGCGGGAGCCCAGGGACGACCCGAAUCACUUGCACGACGCCUCGCCGGCCGGCCGGAUGCCCUUCAGACCCGGGCCCUAUCCUGGACCGGAGAACGGCGCGCCGAGACGCGACAAUCCGCACAAGUACCUGCUGUACAAGCCGACCUACAGCCAGGUGCAAGUGUUCCUCGCGAGUGGCUUCAAAGAGCUACCGGCGAACGGCGCGUUACUGCUGUACCUGUCGGCGGACGGCUGCUUCUCCACCGUCAAGCAUCCUGAAGAAAUGGGGUACGACCUGGGUGGCGUGUCCACGUGCAGCAAAAGGGACCCGGAGCACGGGAAGAGGCCGGCCGGCGGCAAGGAGCCGCACUGCCUCUACCCGGGCGACCUGUAUCCCUUCACCAGGAAGCCGCUCUUCGUCGUCGUCGACUCGGACAACAGCUUCGUGUUCCAGCAGAUACCGCGCUACUUCGGCCAGCCCCUGAUGGUGCUGAUGUCACCGCAGGACGUGCCGCCGACUCUGCGCGACCUGCGACACGGUGGCAGCCUGUUUACCCUAUUUCUUCACGCCCCCCUUGCCGCCUUCUGCCUUAUAUGCAACGUCGGGAGCCUGCCCGUGCAACAUUGGGAGCGCUGCCAGCGUUACAUCGAGCGAUUCCUUAACGAGGCCAGUCAGCUCGUAAUGCGCUCCCGAUGCGGGGCCGCCAGCAGAGGCCACGUUGCCAUCCGCCUCUGCCGGACGCGGAGGUCCUCGACCAUCCCAGCCUCCAUCACCUGGUGCUCGAUCUGGCCGCCUGCCUGGACGCCCGCGACCACUUUCCGGACAGCAACGAGCUCGCCUGACCCCGGCAUUUACCAUGCCCGGUCUCCGACACGACGUCCCUGUUACCAUCUCACAACCACGAUUACGAUUACGACUACUGUAAUUACAAUUGCAACAAUAAAAUCGUUACACUGAGACCUCAUUAAACCGCGUCUUCGCAGUAAUCGCGUAAUUCGCGAGAUCGCGCGGCCACACGUGUCCAUCAGUGAGACUCAGGGAGUCGUCCCCAAGAAACUUGGACGCGACACCGAGGCAGGAUAUAAUCGCCCUACCGAUUUCGCGUAAUCGCCGGACGACGGGACUCGCCUACACCGUCCGAUUAUAACGACAACUCUGCGACAUGGAGAAUCCCAGGGAAAUACACGAUCGAGCGAGUGUUGCUGCUACACAUCCGAUGCUUCGGACUGAUAAUGUAAAGAUUAAACUACCGCUUCUGGUUCUUCAAGAGUUACAUACUUGAAAUGCGCUCGAAUGCUUGAACUGUAACAUAUAGGUGUGUAUAUAUACAUAUACAUUCAUACGUAUAUAUGUGUGUAUAUGCACACAUGUGGAGUGGCAAUAUAAUUUUCGUACGAAUAACACAUCCCCGAUAUUUGC